AUGAAACUCGGACAAGCCUUUGACACGUUAUGGAGGUAUCCUAUACAUGUCAUCUUGGCUGUUGUGGCUUCGGCGGCGUGCGGAGCAGCGGCGUGGCCUGUUUUGCUGCCGCUGAUUGCAAGUCUGUCCGUGAUCGCAAUCCCAGCGUUUGCGCUUGCAGCGCAGCGCGCAAUAAAGCAGCCCAUCGCGGAGCCCGCCGAGGAGGUCGCAGUAAGCGUCGGCACUGCGGAGGCGCGAAUUUGUGGCCAUGACGCCGGGGCUGAGGAGCCGGAGGCGGCGACGGCUGCCUCCGCCGGAGCCAGCGAAGCACCCGUGGUUCAGCAGCCUGCAGUGCAUGCCCAGUUGGAUAAGCUGCUCCGGGAGCGCAUCAUCUUCAUUGAUGGCGCUAUGGGCACGCAGGUGCAAAAGUACAAGCUUCAGGAGGAGGAUUUCCGUGGCGAGCGGUAUGCCAACCACAGCCACGAGCUCAAGGGCAACAACGACGUGCUGGUUAUUACCCGGCCGGACGUGAUCGGCGAGAUCCACACGGCGUACCUGGAGGCAGGGGCUGACAUUAUUGAGACCAACACUUUCAAUGGCACAUGCAUUAGCCAGGCGGACUACGAGCUGCAGGCGGAUGAGGAGGUCGCUCUCAUCAACCGCACGGCGGCCCAACUUGCCAAAAAGUGCGUCAAGGACUUCCUUGCAGCCCAUCCGGAGAGCGGCCCGCGCUUCGUGGCGGGCGCCAUCGGGCCCACCAACAAGACCCUCAGCGUGUCGCCCAGCGUGGAGAACCCAGCAUUCCGCGGCAUCACGUACGAUGAGGUGGUGGAUGCGUACUACAAGCAGAUUGAGGCGCUGUACGAGGGCGGCGUUGACAUGUUCCUUGUUGAGACCAUCUUCGACACGCUGAACGCCAAGGCGGCCGUGUUUGCGCUGGAGCAAUUCUUCACGGACCGUGGUGUGCGUGUGCCCGUGUUCAUCAGCGGGACCAUCGUCGACAACAGCGGCCGCACGCUGAGCGGCCAAACCAACGAGGCGUUCUGGAACAGCAUCAACCACGCCAAGCCCAUGGCUGUGGGCCUCAACUGCGCUCUUGGCGCCAGCGAUAUGCUCAAGUACAUCGCCAACCUGAGCGCCUGCGCGGACUGCUACGUGCUGUGCUACCCGAACGCGGGCCUGCCGAAUGCCAUGGGCGGUUACGACCAGAAGGGCGGGGAGAUGGCGGAGGAGAUCCGGCCGUUCUGCGAGGCUGGGCUGGUCAAUGCCAUCGGCGGCUGCUGCGGCACGGGUCCGGAGCACAUCGCGGCCAUUAAGGCGAUGGCGUCUGCGUACCCACCUCGCAAGCCGCCGGCGACUGAGCCGCUGAUGCGCAUCAGUGGCUUGGAGCCUCUGAACUACAACCCAGACCCUGCCAACAUGCGCCGGACCUUCCUCAAUAUCGGGGAGCGGUGCAACGUGGCGGGCAGCAUCCUGUUCAAGAAGGCCAUCAUCAACAACGAUUACGAAAAGGCCGUGGCCAUCGCGCUGCAGCAGGUUCAGCAGGGUGCGGACGUAUUGGAUAUUAACAUGGACGACGGCCUGAUCGACGGGGUUGCGGCUAUGACCCGUUUCGUGAACCUGCUGGUCAGCGACCCUGAGAUCAGCCGGGUUCCGUUCAUGAUUGACAGCAGCAAGUUCCAUAUUGUGGAGGCCGGUUUGAAGUGCAGCCAGGGCAAGUGCAUCGUUAACAGCAUCAGCUUGAAGGAGGGCGAGGAGGCAUUCUGCAAGCAGGCGGAGAUCGUGAAGCGUCACGGCGCUGCUGUAGUGGUCAUGGCUUUCGAUGAGCAGGGCCAGGCAGCCGGCUAUGCCGACAAGGUCCGGAUCUGCUGCCGUGCGUACAAGCUCCUGGUAGAGCAGGUGGGCUUCAACCCGCAGGAUAUUAUUUUCGACCCCAAUAUCCUCACCAUCGGCACGGGCCUGCCGGAGCACAACAACUAUGCGGUGGACUUUAUCCGCGCAACCCGCGAAAUCAAGCGGCUGUGCCCGGGCGCCAAGAUCAGCGGCGGCGUCAGCAACAUCGCGUUCAGCUUCCGCGGAAACGAGGCGGUCCGUCGCGCCUUCCACAGCGCCUUCCUGCUGCAUGCUUGCGCUGCUGGCAUGGAUAUGGGCAUUGUCAAUGCGGCACAGGUGAAGGAGGACGCUUACGACAAGAUCGACAAGGAGCUGCUGGAGUUCGUGGAGGAUGUGCUGCUAAACAGGCGUGAUGAUGCCACCGAGCGCAUGCUGGAGUUUGCGGCGACGCUGGACCCAAAGAGCCCUCCAACUAACGUCCGGCGCCUGAACAGCCAGCAGCCCUCCGGCCCCAAGAUUACACCGCGGUUGAACCCCAUUCCGAAGGGCUUCGACCCGUUGGCGCCGGACAGUGACCUGCCGCCGGUUCCAUCCUACAAGGCGUGCAUUGAAAAGCGCCAGGAGUCCCCUGUGUUUGGGCAGUUGGAUAAGCUGCUCCGGGAGCGCAUCAUCUUCAUUGAUGGCGCUAUGGGCACGCAGGUGCAAAAAUACAAGCUUGAGGAGGAGGAUUUCCGUGGCGAGCGGUAUGCCAACCACAGCCACGAGCUCAAGGGCAACAACGACGUGCUGGUUAUUACCCGGCCGGACGUGAUCGGCCAGAUCCACACGGCGUACCUGGAGGCAGGGGCUGACAUCAUUGAGACCAACACUUUCAAUGGCACAUGCAUCAGCCAGGCGGACUACGAGCUGCAGGCGGAUGAGGAGGUCGCUCUCAUCAACCGCACGGCGGCCCAACUUGCCAAAAAGUGCGUCAAGGACUUCCUUGCAGCCCAUCCGGAGAGCGGCCCGCGCUUCGUGGCGGGCGCCAUCGGGCCCACCAACAAGACCCUCAGCGUGUCGCCCAGCGUGGAGAACCCAGCAUUCCGCGGCAUCACGUACGAUGAGGUGGUGGAUGCGUACUACAAGCAGAUUGAGGCGCUGUACGAGGGCGGCAUUGACAUGUUCCUUGUUGAGACCAUCUUCGACACGCUGAACGCCAAGGCGGCCGUGUUUGCGCUGGAGCAAUUCUUCACGGACCGUGGCGUGCGUGUGCCCGUGUUCAUCAGCGGGACCAUCGUCGACAACAGCGGCCGCACGCUGAGCGGCCAAACCAACGAGGCGUUCUGGAACAGCAUCAACCACGCCAAGCCCAUGGCUGUGGGCCUCAACUGCGCUCUUGGCGCCAGCGAUAUGCUCAAGUACAUCGCCAACCUGAGCGCCUGCGCGGACUGCUACGUGCUGUGCUACCCGAACGCGGGGCUGCCGAAUGCCAUGGGCGGUUACGACCAGAAGGGCGAGGAGAUGGCGGAGGAGAUCCGGCCGUUCUGCGAGGCUGGGCUGGUCAAUGCCAUCGGCGGCUGCUGCGGCACGGGUCCGGAGCACAUCGCGGCCAUUAAGGCGAUGGCGUCUGCGUACCCGCCUCGCAAACCGCCGGCGACUGAGCCGCUGAUGCGCAUCAGUGGCUUGGAGCCUCUGAACUACAACCCAGACCCUGCCAACAUGCGCCGGACCUUCCUCAAUAUCGGGGAGCGGUGCAACGUGGCGGGCAGCAUCCUGUUCAAGAAGGCCAUCAUCAACAACGAUUACGAAAAGGCCGUGGCCAUCGCGCUGCAGCAGGUUCAACAAGGCGCGGACGUACUGGAUAUUAACAUGGACGACGGCCUGAUCGACGGGGUUGCGGCUAUGACCCGUUUCGUGAACCUGCUGGUCAGCGACCCUGAGAUCAGCCGGGUUCCGUUCAUGAUUGACAGCAGCAAGUUCCAUAUUGUGGAGGCCGGUUUGAAGUGCAGCCAGGGCAAGUGCAUCGUUAACAGCAUCAGCUUGAAGGAGGGCGAGGAGGCAUUCUGCAAGCAGGCAGAGAUCGUGAAGCGUCACGGCGCUGCUGUAGUGAUCAUGGCUUUCGAUGAGCAGGGCCAGGCAGCCGGCUAUGCCGACAAGGUCCGGAUCUGCUGCCGUGCGUACAAGCUCCUGGUAGAGCAGGUGGGCUUCAACCCGCAGGAUAUUAUUUUCGACCCCAAUAUCCUCACCGUCGGCACGGGCCUGCCGGAGCACAACAACUAUGCGGUGGACUUUAUCCGCGCAACCCGCGAAAUCAAGCGACUGUGCCCGGGCGCCAAGAUCAGCGGCGGCGUCAGCAACAUCGCGUUCAGCUUCCGCGGAAACGAGGCGGUCCGUCGCGCCUUCCACAGUGCUUUCCUGCAGCAUGCUUGCGCUGCUGGCAUGGAUAUGGGCAUUGUCAACGCGGCACAGGUGAAGGAGGACGCUUACGACAAGAUCGACAAGGAGCUGCUGGAGUUCGUGGAGGAUGUGCUGCUUAACAGGUGUGAGAAUGCCACCGAGCGCAUGCUGGAGUUUGCGGCGACGCUGGACCCAAAGAGCCCUCCAACUAACGUCCGGCGCCUGAACAGCCAGCAGCCCUCCGGCCCCAAGAUUACACCGCGGUUGAACCCCAUUCCGAAGGGCUUCGACCCGUUGGCGCCGGACAGUGACCUGCCGCCGGUUCCAUCCUACAAGGCGUGCAUUGAAAAGCGCCAGGAGUCCCCUGUGUUUGGGCAGUUGGAUAAGCUGCUCCGGGAGCGCAUCAUCUUUAUUGAUGGCGCUAUGGGCACGCAGGUGCAAAAAUACAAGCUUGAGGAGGAGGAUUUCCGUGGCGAGCGGUAUGCCAACCACAGCCACGAGCUCAAGGGCAACAACGACGUGCUGGUUAUUACCCGGCCGGACGUGAUCGGCCAGAUCCACACGGCGUACCUGGAGGCAGGGGCUGACAUCAUUGAGACCAACACUUUCAAUGGUACAUGCAUCAGCCAGGCGGACUACGAGCUGCAGGCGGAUGAGGAGGUCGCUCUCAUCAACCGCACGGCGGCCCAACUUGCCAAAAAGUGCGUCAAGGACUUCCUUGCAGCCCAUCCGGAGAGCGGCCCGCGCUUCGUGGCGGGCGCCAUCGGGCCCACCAACAAGACCCUCAGCGUGUCGCCCAGCGUGGAGAACCCAGCAUUCCGCGGCAUCACGUACGAUGAGGUGGUGGAUGCGUACUACAAGCAGAUUGAGGCGCUGUACGAGGGCGGCAUUGACAUGUUCCUUGUUGAGACCAUCUUCGACACGCUGAACGCCAAGGCGGCCGUGUUUGCGCUGGAGCAAUUCUUCACGGACCGUGGUGUGCGUGUGCCCGUAUUCAUCAGCGGGACCAUCGUCGACAACAGCGGCCGCACGCUGAGCGGCCAAACCAACGAGGCGUUCUGGAACAGCAUCAACCACGCCAAGCCCAUGGCUGUGGGCCUCAACUGCGCUCUUGGCGCCAGCGAUAUGCUCAAGUACAUUGCCAACCUGAGCGCCUGCGCGGACUGCUACGUGCUGUGCUACCCGAACGCGGGCCUGCCGAAUGCCAUGGGCGGUUACGACCAGAAGGGCGGGGAGAUGGCGGAGGAGAUCCGGCCGUUCUGCGAGGCUGGGCUGGUCAAUGCCAUCGGCGGCUGCUGCGGCACGGGUCCGGAGCACAUCGCGGCCAUUAAGGCGAUGGCGUCUGCGUACCCGCCUCGCAAACCGCCGGCGACUGAGCCGCUGAUGCGUAUCAGUGGCUUGGAGCCACUGAACUACAACCCAGACCCUGCCAACAUGCGCCGGACCUUCCUCAAUAUCGGGGAGCGGUGCAACGUGGCGGGCAGCAUCCUGUUCAAGAAGGCCAUCAUCAACAACGAUUACGAAAAGGCCGUGGCCAUCGCGCUGCAGCAGGUUCAGCAGGGUGCGGACGUAUUGGAUAUUAACAUGGACGACGGCCUGAUCGACGGGGUUGCGGCUAUGACCCGUUUCGUGAACCUGCUGGUCAGCGACCCUGAGAUCAGCCGGGUUCCGUUCAUGAUUGACAGCAGCAAGUUCCAUAUUGUGGAGGCCGGUUUGAAGUGCAGCCAGGGCAAGUGCAUCGUUAACAGCAUCAGCUUGAAGGAGGGCGAGGAGGCAUUCUGCAAGCAGGCGGAGAUCGUGAAGCGUCACGGCGCUGCUGUAGUGGUCAUGGCUUUCGAUGAGCAGGGCCAGGCAGCCGGCUAUGCCGACAAGGUCCGGAUCUGCUGCCGUGCGUACAAGCUCCUGGUAGAGCAGGUGGGCUUCAACCCGCAGGAUAUUAUUUUCGACCCCAAUAUCCUCACCGUCGGCACGGGCCUGCCGGAGCACAACAACUAUGCGGUGGACUUUAUCCGCGCAACCCGCGAAAUCAAGCGACUGUGCCCGGGCGCCAAGAUCAGCGGCGGCGUCAGCAACAUCGCGUUCAGCUUCCGCGGAAACGAGGCGGUCCGUCGCGCCUUCCACAGCGCCUUCCUGCAGCAUGCUUGCGCUGCUGGCAUGGAUAUGGGCAUUGUCAACGCGGCACAGGUGAAGGAGGACGCUUACGACAAGAUCGACAAGGAGCUGCUGGAGUUCGUGGAGGAUGUGCUGCUUAACAAGUGCGAGAAUGCAACGGAGCGUAUGCUGGAAUUCGCUGCUCUCCUUGAGCCCAAAUGCAAGCCCACGGCGGUGGUGAAGAAAGGUGCGACUCAGGGAGCGGCGGGCGCUGGUGCCAAGAAGGAGGAGUCGUGGAGGGAUUUGCCCGUGGAGAAGCGCAUUGAGUACGCGCUUGUAAAGGGCAUUGAUGAGUUUGCAGUCGUGGACACCGAGGAAGCGAGGACGUGUGGCAGGUAUACGAAGCCGCUGCAUGUCAUUGAGGGCCCACUGAUGGACGGCAUGAACGUUGUCGGCGACCUUUUCGGUGCGGGCAAGAUGUUCCUACCCCAGGUGAUUAAGUCCGCACGCGUCAUGAAGAAGGCGGUUGGACACCUCGUGCCCUUCAUCGAGGAGGAGAAACGUCUGAGCGGCACGGUCGGCGAGGACUCGAAUGCGGGGGUGUUUGUGCUGGCAACGGUGAAGGGCGACGUGCAUGACAUCGGGAAGAACAUUGUGGGCGUGGUGCUUGGCUGCAACAAUUUCAAGGUGAUCGACCUGGGUGUGAUGACGCCGUGGGACGUCAUCCUAGACGCUGCGGAGAAGCAUAAGGCCAAUAUUAUAGGUUUGUCGGGCCUCAUCACCCCUUCGCUGGACGAGAUGGUUACCGUGGCCAAGAAGAUGGAGGAGCGGGGCCUGAAGACACCGUUGCUGAUCGGCGGCGCGACUACAUCCAAGAUGCACACCGCCGUUAAGAUCGCACCCGUGUACAGCGGCCCUGUGGUGCACGUGCUGGACGCGUCGCGCAGUGUGCCGGUUUGCCAGGCUUUCGUUGAUAAGAACCUGACACAACGACAGGAAUUUAUUUCGGAGGUGGCCGAGCAGUACGCGGAGCUGCGCGAGGAAUUUUACGCGUCCUUGGAGGACCGGAAGUACUUGAGCUUGGCAGAGGCGCGGAAGCGGGCCUUUGCCGUGGACUGGAAGGACCCGAUCAACACGCCUUUCAAGCCCAAGGUCCUUGGGAACACGGUCUUCACGGAGUACCCCAUAGAGGACGUACUGCCGUACAUUGACUGGAACCCGUUCUUUCAAGUGUGGCAGCUACGCGGCCGCUACCCAAACCGAGGCUUCCCACGCAUCUUUAACGACGCCACCGUUGGUGCGGAGGCUAAGAAGCUGUACGAGGAGGCCCAGGUUAUGCUGAACGACUUUGUGAAGAAUAAACGCGUGACGCUCAAGGCUGUGGUGGGCUUGUACCCGGCAGCCGCUGUGGGUGAUGACAUUGAGGUGUACACGGACGAGUCGCGCAGCAGCGUCAAGGCGCGGCUGGCAGGGUUGCGGCAGCAGGCGGAGAAGGAUGGCGUGGAGCCCUAUUACUGCAUUUCGGAUUUUGUGGCCCCCAAGGGCAGCGGCCUUGAGGACUAUGUCGGGAUGUUUGCAUGCUCGGCAGGCCACGGCUUGGAGGAGGUGAUUGCCGGCUUUAAGGCCGCCGGGGACGACUACAGCUACAUUAUGGCGGAGGCGCUGGCGGACCGCCUGGCGGAGGCGCUGGCGGAGCGGUUGCACGAGCUGGUACGUCGCGAUUACUGGGGCUACGCGGCGGACGAGCAGAUGAGCGUGGACGACAUGCUUAAGGUCAAGUACCAGGGCAUCCGUCCCGCACCGGGUUACCCGUCUCAGCCCGACCACACAGAGAAGCUGACCAUGUGGGGGCUGCUGGACGCGGAGGCCACAACCGACAUCAAGCUGACCGAGUCGCUGGCCAUGUGGCCAGCGGCGAGCGUCAGCGGCCUCUAUUUCGGCGGCCGUUGUUCGUCGUACUUUGCCGUCGGUAAGAUCACGCGCGAGCAGGUGGAAGACUAUGCGGUGCGCAAGAAUAUGGACAUCAAGGAUGCGGAACGCUGGUUGGCAACUAUGCUUAACUACGAGCCAUGA